AUUUGAGAGGGUGUUCAACACAAUUCCAGAACCGAAAACAUAUUGGAAGUUAUUGGGACAUCCAGAAACUUCUCUUUCAAAAUUCAACCAAGAACAUGAUGGAAAAAGGGAAUUGGAAACAUUGGAAAACAAGAGUGUAGAGCAGAAAAUGAAUUACAACAAGAACUGUGACAGGGAACUUGGGAGAUGAGUUUGAGAUGGAUCUAAUCAGUUCUACCGGGCUAACGGUCAACUUGUCUAUAGCAUCCUUAGAUUACAUAAUACAGGAAAAUCUGCUCGGCUCUGGUAUGCCUGGAUACACAAAGAAACCUGGCCGGUGUAAACCAGUUUGGACAAAUUUGGGGUACACGUCACUCGCUGAUAUUGAAAAGUCAGUUGUAAGGAUCUUUGAGCAAGAUGAGGUUCGAUCUGAUGGUCGAUGUGGAUCUGGAUUCCUGAUACCGGGUACAGAUAAACCAGCUGCAUGUAACAGUAGUUCUAUUGAUAGAUGCUGCUCAGUCACAAAUCAGUGUGGGGCAGACUGUAGUUGUAAAGGAUGUAUAGACUACAGAGCAGUGCGUCAAACCUUGAUGAAGCCAACUGUGAUUGCUCCAGUGUUAAGUGCAGAGGAAUGUUCACGAAAAUGUCUUCUGUCUCCAGCUUGUGAUAUGUUUGACUUCAGCUCUACAACUUGUAAAUUUUAUCCUUUCAUCAAGCUUAAAGGAAGAAUUGCAAGUCAGGUAUUAAAAUCUGAAAGUAGAAGACGAUCUUCUGUGUAUAUUCUUGAAUGUGAUGAUAGUCAGUCUAACAUUCUUGCCAACAAUGAUUGGGAAGGAACUACUCCCUCAUUACCUUGGACCCAAAAUACUAAUUGUGCUAGCGGGGUAGAUAUUGAUGUUUAUUCUGGAAUCAGACACACAUCAUAUUUCAAAAACAUCCUUCCAGCUUGUCCUGAGGGUUGGUUGGAUAGUGGACUCUAUUGUUUCUUUAAAUCUUCUUGGGCAACCAAUCCUGCUAUUCGAAAAUCCAACCAUACACACAGUAUGUGCUCUAAUAUUGGAAGUUUGGUGUCUAUGGACUCCAAGCACCAUUAUGAUUAUUUUACAUCAAGUUUACCUUUUGUUGAUGGAAGGAUGUGUAAUGCCGGAUCUGAUCCAGAGUUAGUCCUACUUCCCCUAGGACCUUGGCAACCCUUCUGUUUGGGGUCCUAUGACACAUUGCUUACUUACUUCUGGACCUCAGGUUCUGAUUUGAAGUAUGAAGGAAACUUUACAUGGAACUCAGGAGGAGAACCUUACCUAAUCAACAAGGGUUAUUCAAAAUGGUUCUCAGUCACUGCUCCAAAUUUACAAGCACCAAAUAAUAAAAAUGGAAGAUCUACAGAUAAUCCAACUGAUCAGAGCAGACCAGGGGAGCACUGUGUUGCUUAUGAGGCGUUAACUAAAUCUAUAAAUGAUCUGCCAUGCUCUAGACUUCUAGAAUCUAUUUGUCAAGGGGUGAAAGAUCUUGUUGGUCUGGGGGGUGCUGUUGAUGGAUAUACUGUUGAGCACACUGCAAGUUGCAACUCUAAUUCAUUUACUUAUGAAAUAAAGACUCCAUUAACAAUCAAGGAAACAGGAUUUGGGGAAUUAUAUAUAACAACAUUUAAACCAAACGGCAUCUUGAAAGUAUGGGCAAGAUUAACUGGUUCUGGAACUGGAAGUGCAAAUGUAACUGCAACACUAACAGACUCUUCUUCAAACCUAGUGACUAAAACAAUAACUGUUCCUCUAAGUACAACUCAAGUCAGCCACUACAUCAUUGUUCCACUCAUACCAAUUCCAACCAGUUUUCCUCUUGAUGUUAAAGUCAAGGCUGAAGCUACAACUGGAAUUAUAUUGCUGUCUCCAGUUGAACUGAUUCUUGAUCAGCCUAUAUAUGUUGGAUGCUUUGAUGUGGAGGCUGGGGAACAUUUGAAGGAAGUUGAAUCAGCCCUAGACUGCCUUGUUCAUUGUCAUGAGAACAGCAAGAGAUUUGGUGUUCUCACUAAAGGAAAUCAGUGUAGUUGUUUGCCUGAAAUAAAUCAUGACAAAUUUACACAAUUAGCCAAUUCUAGGUGCAAUCUGCAUUGUACCGCCUUCUCUGCUUUAAAAUGUGGUGGGCCCAAUGUGUUUUCUGUUUAUGUUGCAAGCUGCGAAGAUGGCUAUUUGAGGUAUGGAAAUAGAUGUUUUAAAGACCAUGGCCAGCAUAAAAUCUCUAAAAGAAUUGAUUGUAAUCCAGACUCUGAUGUUUGGGCACCUAGAUAUCUUGGGGAUGAAUUAGUUAUACCUUCCCUAAUAAGUAGUGGAAGUGGAAAAUACCAUCUAGGACUGUUAUCAAAAACCAGAGAAGGAAUUGCCUUGUUUGACAACUCUUACAUAACUGGUUACUAUCCACUUUAUUGGGGAUCCUAUCCAAUUGUAAAAGAUGUAAGAUUACCAUCUCCUAUUGGCAACACAGCACUGGACAACAUGAUUUUAAAGGAUGGAUUAAUAUCAAGAGAAGUUGAUGCAGAUGCUCAAUUAGUGUGUGAAAAGCCAAUAGUUAACGGCUAUGGACACAAGAAGUUGUUGGGGUCCAAACAUGUAAAUUUUGUUAUUCUGGAUUCUGGAGUGGAAAAAGUAAACGUUGAUGAAUCUAUUCUACCGGGGUAUUUAGGGAUACCUUUGGAUGUUCAAGGACUUAGGGGAUCAUAUGUCAGCUGGUUUGAGAUUCAACUUGAUAAAAGCAUUGUGGUUAAUGCCAUAAUUGUUACUCUUGAAGACAAACACUCCUUUACUAGUCUACGGUUUCGUAUUCCUAUAUAUAAUCCGGAUAAUGAGGACUAUAUGGAAUAUGAGAAUGAAUACACAAUCAUCCCCGAGUCUGAUGAAAACAUUGCCAGACCUGUCAGCAAAACGUUUCGACUUCAAACACCUGAAAUCUUGGACAGGUUUCAACUUAUGUUUGGAAAGUCUUCAAGAAGGAUGAAAUUUCGGUUUGAGAUAUUAGGAGAAGCACUUAUGGAUAUGAUUCCUAAGAAUUUCUUUAAUUAUGGUCAAAAGAAAAUAAAUAAGCAAAUGGUAAAUGAUCCUUAUGAAGAAAUAGUUUUGGAUGGACUUAUCUGCCCUGAUGGAGGAAUUCAUGUUACAGGAUACUCUCUGAACACAACCUCCACAGCUGAAGCAGAAGGGAUUUUGAUUAGUUUAAUUGGGUCUGAUAACUCUGAGAUAGCCUCAGUAGCCCUUAGAUUUGGAGAUGAUAUCAAGAUACAAUUUGAAACAACUACCCUACCCUCUGGACUUAAGCUUGGAGACAAAUUUGAUAUUUUUAUAUCAUGCAAUGCAUCAAGUUUUCAGAUUUAUGUAAAUAACAUUUUCAAUGGAGAGAUGAAAAUUCCAGCAGGAUCAAAAAUCACCAAAACAGUAAUAAAUUUGAAUUCUAAUUUUGUUUCAAAUGUGCUUUUUGAGCAGCUUGCUUAUGAUGGAAACACAUUUUCAGCCCCAAUCACCGCAAACAGAAUUGGAUGUACAGGUGGUGUUUGCCACAAAGUUUUGGCAGAGAAAGUAAAGCUCAUUCAAGUAUAUGAAACUGCUGAUAAGAAAAUGGUAAAAUACCUCACUGGAGUACCUAUAGUAAGAUGCCAUAGAACUCCGAUUAACAAUUUGAAGUGCAACAUAAUAAAAUUUAAAUGGCACACAAAUCAAAUAAAUGAGCCUGGAUUACCAACAAGUUCUGUUUGUCCCCUUGAAGGGAACAAUGUUGCACUGGGCCAGCAAUGCCUUCAAGUUGAUAAAGCACAAUUAUCUUACAAAGAUGCAGUUGUGGCCUGUGGAAAGAAGCUUGGUAUGAUAGCAGCUCCUGUCAAUGAUAUUCAGAAUGUUAUUUUAAGAGUUAAUGCAGUUGAAAAAAGUAUGGGUUCCUACUGGAUAGGAGUCAGAAAAAUAAAUGAAACUUGGAUAAAAACAAACGGAAAUCCAAUGUCUAUGAUUGAUUUGAAAAUAAAAAAUUAUUGGAGUGAAGGAGAUUGUAUAGUUGCAGAUGCAGAUGAUGAUUAUAAACCCAAGGCUGUCAGCUGUGAUUUAACAUUUUCGCAUUAUUGCAUGAUGGCUCCUAGCUGUCCCAGAAAUUAUACUUGGCUACCUGAGCUAGGACGAACUUGCGUUAAAAUUGGGGAAAUCCCUUCUCCGGAUGGCUUGAAUGUAGAUGUUCUGUCAGGUGAAGCUGUUUGUGCUAAAGAAGGAACAAGAUUGUUUACACCAACCUCUAAGUAUGAUCUAGACACAGUGUCUAAGUGGUUGCCUUCCAGAAGAAUGCAAUACAGCUCAGAUUUUGAAGUUUUCCUUGGAUGGAGAGGAUACAAGGAAGAAUCAACACAUAUAUUCAAAUCUCCUUUUUCAAUGGAGAAAGUAAACAUCUCUAUGUUUCAAAAUAUAGUAACUGAUAUUGCCACAACUAAGAAUGAGUGCUUUAAACUUGGUCCUUCUUCCAGCUCUGCUCCUCUUAUAUUUGAGAUAAGUUGCCUUCAUAAGAAGCAAACUUUGCCUGUUGAAGAUCCAGACAUUAGAGUGGUGUGUCAAUACUCAGAGUGUGUAACUGUUGAUUCCCAAGUUUGUCAAUUUCCUUUCAGGUUCAAAGGACGUCUUUAUGAUACUUGUGUGACUUUAGAAUCAGAAACCCCUUGGUGCAGUUUAGAGAGAGGUUUGGACCUGAAACACAUUGACACGGGAAAUAGUAGAGGACAAUGUAAACCAAGCUGUUUAGUUCAGAAUUGUCCAGUUGGAUAUUUUGAAUUUAAAGGGAACUGUUUCCUAAUUUCAGCACCUACAUCAAAUGGAAUUGUCAGUUCUGUGGAAGAAGCUGAGCAGGUUUGCACGGAACAAGGAGCCAGACUAUACCAACCAAGAGACUUUUUUCACUUUGAUUACCUAAUAGAUACAGAAUACCAUUAUUUGAAACCAAAUGCUUCACACUACAAGCAUCUGACCAAUUACUCUCUUAUUAUGCUUGGUGCAUACACUGAUAAAGUUGUGCCUGAUCUAGAACUACACUACAAUGAUGGAACUCGAGCAUAUAUGCUUGAGAAAAAAGUCAAGCUUCAAGGAAGUGUUAUAUCUCAUACAAUUACAGCUCUUUCUAGCUAUACAGGAAGAGCAUGCCUAAUGUUGGAUCAAAAUGGAAAGCUAAGCAUUGAGAAAUGUGCAGAUGUUGAAGACUCAAACCUAGGCUAUUUAUGUGAGGCACGUAAGUUCAUUGCUCUGGAUGGUCCAGAUCUGGGUAAAUCUUGCCAUUUUCCAUUCAAAACAAGUAUUAAUGAUACAUGGCACAAUUCAUGUUUGUUUAAUGAUACUUUAAAUGAAUCAUGGUGUGCCACUGAAGUGGAUAGUGAUGGCGUUGUAAUCUUUAAUAAAUGGGGAAUAUGUCAAGAUGAAAGAGAAAUAACCUACAGAGGGGAUGGAUCUGGCAAUUCCUGUAUUAUUCCAUUUCUCUAUGACAGAGUCUGGUAUGAUCAAUGCAUACUAGAGCCUGAAACUGAACUAUGGUGCCCAACAAAGCUGAACCCAACAAGACUUUUUAACCUUACAAGUGAUGAUAUAGGAUAUUGUACCGAACAUUGGAAACCUCUUGUAUUUGAAUGCAAUCAGAAUUAUGAAAAAGUUAACAAUGUCUGCAUUAGAGUUUCUGCCUAUGCAGAAACUUUCAAAAAUGCUGCAGCUAAGUGUGAAAUAGAAGGGUCCUAUCUGCUGCCUAUUAUGGAUUCAGAAGUUCUUCCCCCAAUUUGGAAUUACAUCAAGGCUCUGUCAGACAGUAAGAUUUAUUUUCAACAAGAAUUCUCUCCAGAUCUCUCAACCUACUGGGUAGGCGGAACCGUCAGAAACUUCAAAUGGACAUGGAUUGCAAAUGGUAAAAAUUUCUCUAUUUACAAUGACUGGGUUGAUGGAAAAGAAAAUACAGGGUGCAUACAAAAUAUCUGUACUGAUAAUUAUGCCUUAUCCAUAAAUACAAAAAAAGAGAACAAGUGGCAGGCAGAUGACAAAUCCAAAAUUAAGCCUUACAUUUGUCAAUCAAAAUGUAGAGUCGGUUUCAAAUGGUAUUCCGAGAGUAAGAAAUGUUUGCAAGUUGUUGAUAUUGCAACAGCAUUCUCUACUGCAACCUACAACUGUGCCCAUCAGAACUCAAGACUUGCAAAUUUAAACCAUUGUGAAGAAUUUACUAGUCUAGCUAAUGAUGUGUGGAAGAUAAGCAAAUCCCAAUCUAAAGAAUAUUGGCUUGGAUACUUUGCUGGUGGAAUGGAAAACUAUAAUCCAUCCAGGAUUACCAAUGCAAAUCUGGAAAAGUUAAAAACAUUUUCUUCAACUGGAUUUCUUGGAAUACAAAGUUGUCCAUGGCUCUCUUCAGUGGAUGUGAAUGUAGAUCAGUAUAAAGGGUUCCUACAGUUUACCUCAACUGAUCCUUCUUCUUCAAAAAUGGAAUUCCUACCAAUUCCACAGUCCUUGAAUUUAAUGGAGGAAAAAGGAUACAUUUGUGAAUAUGAAGAAGACUGGAUUUGUCCGAAUGGUUACAUACUUUUUCAAGAAGAAUGUUACAAGAUUUUUGACAAUGCAACCACUUACUCUGAUGCCUUUAUAGUAUGUAAUAAAGAAAAGGGCAUAGCAAUGGAACCUUUAAGUAAACUUCACAUUGUCUUUUUAUCCACGUAUAUUCUUGCUAAUAAUAUGUCAACCCCUUUAAGAACUGGAUUCAGAAGAAACUUAAAUAGACAGAAUAAUGAAACAGAUGAAUACUUCUCAUCAUCCUCAGAUAAUUCGAUAAUAAACCUUGCAAAUUUAGCUGGUAGUGGAGACUGUGUAGCUCUAGACCAAGUUUCUGUUACUCUUCAGAAAGUUGAUUGUUAUAAUUUACUUCCAUUUGUUUGUCAAACAAAACAAAUGACAAAUAUGGAUAAAGUUGAGGUUAUGGGAAUACCAGACUAUACAUUUCCCUUGGAUAAUAUCACAGAAGGGUCCAAGGAUAAUUAUGUUGGAUUUUCAGAUAUCCCUGUCAAUCCAACAGAAUUAAUUAGGUCGGCCUUUUUCAUGGGAGAUCCAUCUUCAUACAUUGAUGUAUUAAAUGUUAAGAAUGUUACAGCUAAGUAUGGGUUGUCAAUUUGUAUGUGGAUCAAACCCAGGACUCCAAGCCUAACUGGCUUGAAAGAAACAAUUCUGGAUUUUUCUGUUUCAAUUUCAAAUCAGAGUCUUAUAAUUUUCCUUUAUGAGAAGAGAGUUGGAGCAAAGCUGUGUUCAAGUGCAGGGACAUCGUGUACUGAAUUCUUCUCUCAUGGUUUGCUUAGUGUUCAUGAUUGGAAUUUCAUUGCCUUUGCAUACGGAGUGGAAACAAACAAGGGGACUUUUUUCAUUAAUAGCACCUUCGGGAUUCAGGACAGGGAAGGGACAUACUUUAAUUUUAACACCCAAGGGUGGUUUGCUAAAUCUACCGAUGCUCACUAUUUGAGAAUUGGUUCAGACAUUGGAAACCAGCAUGCAUUCUUAGGAGAGAUAUCCUGCCUUCAAAUUUCAAAUAGUAUGCUUACUAUCUCACAAUUUUAUCAGAUGAGUCAAAUUUGCCAUGUGAUAAAAGAUUAUCCUAGAUCUAAACCCUGUCCUUCAGGCUACUUUCUCAUGAACAUGAAUUGCUUUAAACUAUCUAGUUCUCCUCUCAGCUUUACUGAUGCUGAAAUAAGCUGCAUUUCAGAGCCUAACGAUCCCUAUGUAACUAGACUAGCCUACCCUGAGUCUUAUGUUACCAUGGAAAACUUAAUGAGCUAUUUGAAGCAUUUAAGAAAUAUAUCUGAAUUAUAUGUUGGACUGGACUCAAUAUCAGCUCAACCAACUGGGAGCCAGUGGAUAAGCAGUGAAGGCAGAGAAAUUACACAUGCACCUUGGUACAAUGGUCAGUUAAAUGCAUCAAUGAAUUGUGCCGUUAUGGAUUUCAAACAUUCAAAUUUUUUAAAGACAGUUGAUUGCAAAGAAAAGUUUUACUUUUUCUGUUCAACUCCGUCAGAAACCAAAUCAAUAUGCCCAGAAGGCCAUAUAAGCUACAAAGGAAAAUGUAUACUCUACAAAAAUGAAAUGUCAACAUUCAAAGGAGCAAAACAUGAAUGUGCUAAACAUGGUGGAAUUGUUUUACCCAUCAAAACAAAAGGAAUGUACGAGUUUAUAAAGAAGUAUUCUCUAAAAAUAAAAACAGGUGAUAUAUUUAUUGGCUUUAAUCUUACUGUUCCUCAAGUUUACACUGAUGGUACUUCAUACAACAAUCAAUCAUUCAAAUUCGAUGGAGAUGACACCAAAUUAAAUGGGUUGGCAUGUGCUUUCUUAAAAAGAGGAAUUAAAUAUUUGGUUCGUGGAGCAUUUUGUGAGGAACAAUAUAAUUUCUAUUGUGAAUGGACAGAUCCAAUAUGUCCUGAAGGGUUUGAUAAGUCCCAUUCAGAAAAAGAUGGUCGGUCUUGCUAUUCUCUUUCUUUAGAUAAAACAAAACAUGGAAAUGAAUUGUGUUCCAUCAAUGAAAAUUAUGAGAGGAGAAUGGGUCUACCUAACACUGUACAUAUAAUAAAUAAGUUCCUUCAAACAAAUAGGUUUAGAUCUGUCUGGAUUGAUGCCACCACAAAAGAAAAUUUUGACUGGACCCCAAAGAUGGACCGGGUAAAUGCAUUUAAUUUUCCAAUGCUAAUAGAAGACUAUUCUAAAGAGAGGUCAUGGAUAGAUGCUGAAAAAAGCAGAGAACUGUUCUUGGAAAAUACAAGUACUUCAGAGAUAUUGACUUUUAAACCAAGCAUCUGUUCAUCAAAUGGAAAAGAGGUUUUUAAAGUUUAUGGAAUCUUUGUAACCAGGAGAUUAGAUAUAAACAAACCUGUGGUUAAAAUAAUGCAAGAUCAAAACAAUACUCUUCUAAAAUGGGUGUUUCAUAAAGAUAUUGUGAGCACCUUCACCUUGAAUUCUAUAAGGAAUGGUGUUUCAUCAGACCAAGUUGUGACUAAUCUAACCAAUCCUAACUUGACUAACUUCUUAGAUUUCAGUCUUGCCGUAGCAUGUCAGGGAUCUAACUUUGAAGUUACAUUUAAUGACCACUGGCUUGCAUCUUUAGGGUUCAAUUCUUCAGAACUAAAUUUCACAAAUGAGAUUGUGCUCUCAGGGGGAUUCAAAGUUGUUAAAGCUGGAUACACUGGCCAGGGAUGUCUAACGUUGUCAGCCAAUGGAUUAGUAAUCCCAAAAUAUGGACGUGAAUGUGAGAGAGAAUUGCCUGCUGUCUGUGAACAUCAGUUUUGUUUCACAAGAGAUGGCUUCAAGUGCCAGUUCCCAUUUGAAUAUAAAAGUGUUACUUAUCAUAACUGCAGCACAGAAGAUAUGUAUGAGUCCUGGUGCCCAACAGAAUUAGGAACUAACGGAGAGAUACUAAACUGGGGAUAUUGCUUAGAAGACUGUCCAUCUAUGCCCCUUCAAGUUUCUUGUUUAAACCCGCCGCCUGUUCCUGCUUUUGGGACGUAUGGCACUGAAGCUGUUAAUUUUGAAUCAAGUUGGUUUAACAUAUCAACCAUAGACAGACCAAAGUACAAGGUAUCUGCUACUAAACGAAGACUUCAUCAUCCAGAUUGGAUCUAUGAAGCUGGGAACACAACUGAUCUAAUAGAGAUCUGGAUGAACAACAGUAAGACUGGAGAUUUCAAGGACCUUUAUUCUAUUGUUACUGAUGGAGGAAAUGUGACCUACACUUGUCCCAUUGGAUAUGUGUUCAAUGCAACCCACAAUAUAACCUUUGUUGCAAUUUGCAGUAACUGGACCUGGGAAGCAGAUUUUAAUGAAACCUUGAGCUGUGUUCCGGUUUACUGUGAUGCCAGUGUACCUACCUUGCCAAAUAACUCUGCUAAUGCCACAACCAAUCUUGCUGAAAGAAAAACAUUAGACAAAGAUUGGAAUGCUUAUGGAAAAAAUGUGUCAUUUACAUGUCCAGAGGGUCAUGUGCUAGAAUAUCCAGAUGCCUACAAUGAACAGGAUGUUCCUCAUGAUACAUUUGAACUUCGUUGUGAUGCUGACCGCAGAUGGAGACCAGUGCUUUUGAACAAUGUUUUCCCUAAUUUACCUGUUAUGCCACGAUGUAUACCAAUAAAUUGCACAACCCCACCAUACGAAGUUGAAGAAAAUGGACUUCAAGAAAUGAGUUGGCAAGAGGUGGACGGGAAUCCCAGACCAUUUGCUGUUAUAGUUACUUAUAAAUGUAGCAAAGCAGAAUGGGGAUAUGCUUCAAAUGGUGAAAAUAAAGUUGUUUCAAGAUGUGACAAGGAUGGAACAUGGAAUGUGACUUUUGUAGAACCUUGCAUCAAGCUUCCUUGUCCAUUACAGCCCCCUCCAGGACACAAUGGAACUGGAGCUCUGCGGCUCUAUGACCCAUCUAGUACUAGGUAUAAAUGCCAAAAUGGAUAUGAAUUUAUUAAUGGAGAUUUCCCCUUCUGGAAUAAUGAUUGUUUACCAACCAGACAAUGGAGUAGGCAAUCAAGGCCUUUAGAUUGCAAAAAAAGAAGAUGUCUAAAGCCACCCCCUGGAAUACCUCUAGGUAUGGAAAGAAUUUGGCCUCUUUAUGUAAAUGAACUUGGGAAUCAAAUAAUCUAUCGAUGUCCAAACGGAAAGAUGAUUGAUAUUCCACUGCCCAGUGGACAUAAGCCUUUGGAUGGGUUAUCUUGGGAAGAAUAUGGAUCAUUGCAUCAUCCUCAAAGAGACCAGAUUAUAGAGUGUACCUGGAAGCAUGACCCAGCAGCAGGGUAUGAUGACAGCAUGGUCUGGUGGCCUCCACAAGUUGUCUCAUGCAACGGUAAACUAUUAUCCCAACUAUACAAACAUUUUAAUUAUCUUUUAAUUGUGUAAAACUUCAACUAUUUCUACAAUUUCACAACAUUCUUAACCAUCCCAAUUAUGCAACGAAAAAAAUAAUUAUCCUUCCAAUUAUGCAAAUAAUUUAAACAUUAUUCAAAAUAUGCAAAAAUUCUAAAUAAGUUAUCCUAAUUAUGCAAAAAUCUGAACUAAAUUAUCUCAAUUAUGUAUAAAAAUUUAGUUAUUAUCACAAUUAUGCAAAAAUGUUAACGAAAUUACCACAAUUCAUUCAAAAAUGUUAACUGAAUUUUCCCAAUUAUUCAAAAAUGUUAAUUAAAUUAUCCCAAUUAUUCA